GGGCCAGACCUAUGCUCUCUUUUUCCUCCUUCUCUUCGCGGUUUUGGGUGCUAACUUACGCCGGAGGUAAUAUCGUGCACGCGAAGAAGAAGGGCGUAUAAUAAUAAAGAAGCAGGAGAAAAACAAAAGAGAAGUUAAAUCAGGAUAGGCGUAUUUUAGCCGUCCGCCAUUUUCAUCGCUCUCGUUCUUCUCAGCUCAUUACUACAACCACGGUCUCUUCUCUGCUUCAUUUGAUCUGAUUCGAUGGCUGCUCCACCUGCUAGGGCUAGAGCCGAUUACGAUUACCUCAUUAAGCUUCUUCUCAUCGGUGAUAGCGGUGUGGGUAAGAGUUGUUUGCUUUUAAGGUUCUCUGAUGGCUCCUUUACCACUAGCUUCAUCACCACUAUUGGCAUUGAUUUUAAGAUAAGAACUAUUGAGCUUGAUGGCAAACGCAUCAAACUCCAGAUUUGGGAUACGGCUGGUCAAGAACGUUUUCGGACCAUCACCACUGCUUAUUACCGCGGAGCAAUGGGCAUUUUGCUGGUGUAUGAUGUCACAGACGAGUCGUCCUUCAACAACAUUAGAAACUGGAUUCGUAAUAUCGAACAGCAUGCUUCAGAUAAUGUCAACAAAAUCUUGGUAGGGAACAAAGCCGACAUGGACGAGAGCAAGAGGGCUGUGCCAAGAUCAAGGGGUCAAGCACUUGCUGAUGAAUAUGGAAUCAAGUUCUUCGAAACAAGUGCCAAAACAAAUCUAAAUGUGGAAGAAGUUUUCUUCUCGAUAGCAAAGGACAUUAAGCAGAGACUCGCAGAUACUGACGCGAGAGCAGAGCCUGCAACGAUCAGGAUCAGCCAAACAGACCAGGCGGCUGGAGCCGGACAGGCGACGCAGAAAUCUGCAUGCUGUGGAACUUAAGAAAAGCCCAAAAGUUCUGAAGUAGAACUGAAGCGAGAAAAACAGAUUUGUCUUGGUUGCUUUUGUAAUUUUUUUUCUUUUGAUGAUUUGUUCUUAAUUGGCAAUUUUAGUUUGUUCAUGAGGGUAAUAGAAUCUUGAAGAAACCGUUCGUUCUCUGAUAGAAUCAAUAUCCCUGAAGCUGACUCUGAGGAUAAAUUGUUAAACAUUUGCUCAUAACUCCAAUUCUAUUCUUA